GCAUCCCCACGCUGCUGAGCUGACGUGCUGUAAAUCGCUUGCUUCUUAUUGCGUCUCCUAAUCUUUCCUCCUGUUCCGCUUCCUUUUUUUGGGCUAACGAUGUUUGUUCCCUGCGGGACGUCGGAGCCCGACUUCAAGGGGUUCACCCUUCUGAUGCCAGCAGUAUCUGUGGGAAAUGUUGGCCAGCUUGCAAUUGAUCUGAUUAUUUCUACGCUGAAUAUGUGUAAGGUUGGCUAUUUUUACACUGACUGCCUUGUUCCAAUGGUUGGAAACAAUCCAUAUGCAACUGCAGAGGAAAACUCAACGGAACUCAGUAUAAAUGCUGAAGUAUAUUCAUUGCCUUCAAUGAAUCUGAUGGCUCUCCAACUAAGAUCAAUUUUUAUUAAGUAUAAAUCAAAGCCAUUUUGUGAAAAGCUCAUUUCCUGGGUGAAAAGAAGUAAAUGUGCCAAAGUUAUUGUUCUUUCGAGCAGUCAUUCAUAUCACUGUGAUGACGAACAGCUUCGUAGCAUUCCAUUUCGAUAUUUACUUACACCUAAAAUGGAAAAAAGUGUUGGUGAAGCAUUACAGAAUCUUCAUUGGAAGGAAAUGGAAAAAAGCAAAUCAUUUCCUGGAAUAGGAGAUUCUGAAUUGUGUAUCCGUAUCCCUGGGGGUGGUAUCACAAAAGCUUUGUACACCGAGAGUUGUGCCAAAGAGAUAGAAAUGGCAGUUGUCCUGAAAUUUGUUUCAGAAGGAGAUAAUAUCCCAGAUGCCUUUGACCUUGUUAGAUAUCUUAAUGAUUGGCUUCAGAUAAUUAAACCUCAAGAGUGUAGUGACCCCACAACAUCUGUUUCCCAGUGGAAAAUGCCAAGUUCUUGGAGAUUGCUCUUUGGCAGUGGCCUGCCUCCUGCACUUUUUUGAAUAUUUGUCACUCCUAAUAGUGACUCAUAUAAUCUGACAAUACUGCUGCAUGUGCUCCCAAGGUUUAGGGGCCUGUUCUGUGAGGAGCUCCUAGUGAGAGACUUCUUUUUGUUCAGAUUGGCGGAUUCUCAGGGAUUUGCAGUCUUAGAAAAUGGAGCAGUGAGAGAUUGUUACUUCUACAGCAAGUAAUAAUGGGUAGACAUUGAACCUAAGUUUCCUAGAUUUUAAGGCCUUCUAUUCAGGAUGCCAUUUGUGUUCCAAAAUAUAGUUACCAAAUACAACUAUCAAUAAUUUAUAAAAAGGUUUGUAUUAUGUCAAUAUGGCAGGAGAUCUCAAAGAAAUAGAAUAAUAGUCAUCCUAACUUGGGCAAAUAUAUAUUUUGUAGAAUAAAUUUUUUUCUUAAGAAA